CUUACCUUUAUCAGAACAAGUGGCAAAUCUGGGGUUUCUUUCUAAUUCUCUGAACUAAAAAUCAAAGGGACUGAAAGUCACUACUACGGAUUAUAUCCCUUCAUUUACAAGGCGAAGUAAUUAUCUACGCCCGGUGCUGGGAUAAAUGUGUUGAAAAGGGUUAUUUUCCUUUCAAAACAGGAGCAGAGAAAAAAAAUCCUGAACAGUAGUAGGCCCUACGUCACUGUUCAGGAAGUAAGUCUAGUCUAUAUCUGCCUAUGAUCUGCUCUUCAUUAUGAUUUUUAGUGAUUGAGCCAUGGAUCGUCAGGGAGAUAUGGGAGACCUUAAGACCAAGACUAAAGCAGAGCUGGUAGAUCUGCUGAACAGACAGGAGAAACUGCUGGCCAAUAAGAAAAUGCUGAGCAUGCUACCAGAUAAAGGUGAAAAGGUCACACUCCAAGCAGAAAGGCUCAGAGAGCUUAUCGCACAACACGAGACCAUGGUGGACGUUGCUGCAGAUCUGCUUGAGAAAAUGGACAUAGGUGCUCCACAGGGUGUACGUCAAGCCCCAGAGAAUGUAUUCCUGAAGGUGGACUGCCGACCCGUGGUGAAGAAGACACCAUUUAAACCUUUCAGGACAUUGCACAUGGACAGGAUACCUGAGGGAUUGGAGCGUCCACCUGCCCCACCUUCCAGGGGCAGCACGCCCAUGGCCGGGAUUGAGGAUCGUCCCCCAGAGGUGUCUGCCGUGGCUAUUCCACCACUCAAACAUCCCGGCACUCAAGCGAUAGAAGUGAAAGCGGCUGCUGAACUGCUGGAGAAACAGAGAGCAAAAGUACAGGCUUUGCAAGCUGAGCAGGCUGCAGAGAGAUUGGCUGAGAGGCAAUACAUACAGAUGGGAAGAUACCAGCCAGACUCUCCAGGCAGGUAUAGGGAACAUGGCGCUGAUGACAGUGAUGACGACAACAUGGAUGACGACGAAGAUUACAGUGAUGAUGGGAAAUGUAAGGAGGAAAGCUACCUAUUCCCAUUGGACAAUGAAAUUGGUGUAGCUCCAGAAAUAUUACGUCCACUCAGAUUCGUUCUCCCAGAAUCCAUUGACCACUUGCGGCCGGGGAGCCCGGUUUCGGACACGAAUUCCUUAUAUGUAGAGCCAGGGUCUCCGAAAUCGGACACAGGGAAGUGGGCCCUGUAACAAAAGACCGUACUCAUAACAACAGACCAGGCUGCU